ACAGGCACUAUUUACAAUGGAAUUUGCAGCUGUUGUUUUACUUUUAUAAUCCGUGAAGCUUGCAUGCCUUGGGACUGCUGAAACAGAUGUGGCUCAUUGUAAGCCUCGCGUUUUGUCACUGCUGAUAGGACAGCGGUUCUGCGCUCUCUUAUCGCCAAAAACAUGUGCUACGCUAUCUAUGGUUACAAAUGGAAAAACAGUUUCAUAGCUAUGUGAGCGAAUGGGGCAAAGGGAUGAGCUCUUGAUUUAAAAGUAUUCACAAUAAGAAACGUCACCCUGACCAUUGAGCCCGGUACAGCAGUGGCCCGUGGCACCAAUGUGACUGUGAGAUGCAAUGCUGUCAUCAGCAGCUCAGGAGGGGAGGCGCUGAGUCGAGAGUACACUAUAUACAAAGACAGCAUGAAGGUCUACACCAAGACUUCCAGCACCGCAGAGGACCUUCUGUACCCACUGCCUGAUGUCCGAGUCUCCAACACCGGAAAAUACAAGUGCGAGAUCAACAUUGAGGGCAAACAGCAGGCCAGCGAAGUUAAAAAACUCACAGUAACAGGCCUGUCAAAACCAGUUCUCCAUACUCCCAACGUUGUGGUUAGUGAGCAGGGGGAGGUAACAGCCACCUGUAGGGCACCCGGCGAGACAGGUUCCAUUUACUUCUACUUCUAUGAGGACUCCAAUGUAAUCCUGGAGAAUCAGGCCAGCUCCAACCUGUUAGAAACCAGGUUUCACCUCAGCCGCCCCGGCAUCCACAAAAUUCACUGUACCUACAGUGUCUUCGUAAUGCCAGAAGUUUUAAAUUCCGAAAAAAGCAACACUGUCACUGUUUCAGUCCAAGAGCUUAACAUCGCACCAGUUAUGAAGAUUUUCCCUCAGUCCAAAAUCUAUGAAGGAGACCAUCUUACAAUCACAUGCAGUAUCAAUACCUCACUGCAAAGCUCUGAAAGUGUCCACCUCUACCUGAGCCAGGGGACCCAGCUUCUCAGCACGGCAGCCACCAAAGUCAACCACAGCUUGGUCGCACUGGUGACGGACCCUGGGGAAUUUGAAUGCAGAGCAGAGAUUGGAAAUGUGGCAAAGGUCAGCACAGAGAAAAUUUCAGUGACUGAGCUCUUUUCGGCCCCCACUCUGACCAUGUCGCCUGCCGAGGUCUUUCAAAGGGAAUAUAUGACACUCACCUGCAAAAGUGAGAGCUAUGCUGCUGAAAGACUCAAUAGGAGAGAGCUGACUUACACUCUGGAGCCGCCUGAAAAUCUACUGGUCUCCAGAAGCGCAGGAGUAUUCACUGGCAAGGCCCUGCCGUAUGAUUUCAACUAUACCUGUGUAGCUCGAGCCAGGGGCAUCGUGAAACGCAGUGAAACCCUGACUGUGCGUCCUAAAGUUUCUGUAUCCACUCCAAAGAUUUCCGUGGUUGGCAGGGCAGUGCUAGGACAGCCCUUCAAAAUCCUCUGUCAGUCGGACACUGGCAGCCUGCCGAUAAACUACACCCUGCUGAAGGAUAACGCCCAACUGAGCACAACCAGUGUCAAGCAGCCCUUUGAACAAGCCCUCUUCACCGUCACCAUAAACGAGUCUGAUGAAAUUAACAAGUACGUGUGUGCGGCUAAGAACAAUCACAGAGGACACCUGCUCAGUAAAAAAAUCAACGCUACUGUCAUAGUACCUCUGUCACGGGCGUCUCUGACCGUCAUCCCCACCUUAACAGAAAUCUCUGAGGGAGAUCAUCUUUACCUGAUAUGUGGUAUUAAAGGCACACCACCGAUCACCUUUAAGUGGUACCGUUUGGGCAACAGACAGCCAUUGCUAACCAACACUUCCAACAUAAACACCAUGGACUACCAGGUCCACAGGUUGUCCAAAGAGCACAGUGGCACGUACUACUGUGAGGCUAUCAAUCACGCCAACACUGUGGUCCGCAGUGAGAUGGUCACCAUAGAGGUGCACCUGGCGUUGUGGAAGAAAGCGUUGAUCGGAGGUUUCUGUCUGCUGGUGGUGUCUGUGCUGGUGGUGGUGUUGGUGCUGUACUUCAAAUCCAAGAGAGGUAAAAGAGAAGCAGCUGCUGAAUUGUCAGUAAAGCCUUCAAGCCCUAAAUCAGAUGACUCUCUAACAGUGAAUCUAACCCACAACACAGAGGUUUAUAAGGCAGCCACAGGGAGGCUGGACAGAGCUGCAGACAGUGUGUGGAGUGAGCGACCACCUGAAGCAGCCAGUGACGAGGUCAGCAGUGUAGUGUCCAGUGAGCCUGAUGUGGAGUACACAGAGGUGGUGCACCCCCAACCUGUGGAUCCUGCCAGAGUCCCCCUGAGAAAAGGCACAGACACAAUAUACAGCGAGCUGAAAAACAUUCCACAAGGUGCAGCUGACCAGCAUGACUAUCAGGGAUCAGUAGAGUAUGCUGAGCUCAACGUGGAACAACCUGAGAUCAGACACUACCAUCCAGAGAUCACCAAGUACCAGGACCUGCCAGCACCAGUGGAUCAGUGAUCGGCAUUGACCCUUUCCGCUGCCAUUGCUUUGCCAACACUACCAAGUAGUUCUGAAUCUGUAAAAUAACAGACUAGCUGUAAAUAUUGAUCCUAAUAAAGGCAUGUCACGUAUCCUUAUUGUGUGGUUUGGUGGUGUUUUUUUAUGGGUCAUGAUACUGCAGCUACAAAUAGGCAGAAAAUCACCAACAUCAUGAACACCAACUUUGAAUGUCACAUCCUCACAGUAACACAAGUUUCUUUCUCAACUCAAAGUCAAGUGACUUUAUUUACUAUUUGCAUCAGUGCAAGGUAAAAACACACUGGAACUGUGUACACAGUGUUUACACACAACAUGCAGAGAAAGCCAAAUAAAAUAGCUCUAAGCGGUCGGGCUGCAACCGAGGUGGGUGGUCAUGUUGUCGGACAGGAGCGCUUUUCAGUGCUGGAAGUUCAGAAAAGGUUUUUGCUUGGUGCCCGUUCAGUUGGCUGCAUGUUUCAACAGUAAUAUAUGAUGGAGUUAUGUUGAAGAACCUUUAAUAAAGGUUUGACAGUAAUAAGUGUCGAGUACUGCUGUGAGGUUUACACUGCCUGGUUUACAUUUAUGUUAGGACUUUUUAGAAAAGUAAUCAAAAAGUGAUUAAAUGUAACAAGUUACAGUUUACACAGUUAAAAUUGUAAAUUACAAUACUUCAUGGCAAAGUAGCAUCAAUGACACAAAUAGUGAAAAAUGAUCAUCUGUAAUGAGGCAAAAGUUUAAUCAAAUGUUUUAUUUUACACUUUAAUUCAGAUGUUAGCCUGGAAUAUAAAGCCAUAUUCUGUUCAUUCACUAAUACACACACACACAGACAGUUUUCAGUGUAACUGAACAACUGUAUCAGGACAAAACUCACAUCCUACUGUUAAAUCAAACAUUAAAAAAGCAAUAUCCUGUGGACAAAAGGAGCUGCUCAGGUGCAGCUGAGCAUCUUGACCUCCCAGAUAUGUCAGACAUUACACUUGUCAUUGUGUUGUUGAAUAAAGUCUCAGCAGUCUUAAUAUGAUUUAUUAAUAUGUUUUUGUAGUUCAACCUUAACCACUGAGGUUAAGAGUUUCAGUGUAUUGUUGUCCAUACGGUAUAUUGCCCUGUAUGAUUUUCCUAGUAUUUACCACUAGAGGGCGCCAUCGCACCAGUAAUAUAAGGCAAACACUACCUCUCCUUACUCCACAGUUGUUUCAGUGUUUAUUGUUGGUGCAUGGGUCCAUC